AUGGCUGCGAAAGUCUUUGAUCAAUGCACCAAACAAGUCUUAGACAUCCAGGUCUUUGACCAGAUCCUGGAAAUGGACGAGGACCCAGUUCAGCGGGAAUUCAGCACGGAGAUUGUCUUCUCUUUCUUCGAGGAAACGCAAAAGGUUUUGGCAUCUAUGGAGGAGGAAGUGCGAACGGAUCAAGGGAUCCGCAGCGACUCUGGGCUUGGAAAAGGUCAGCGAAAGUGGGAGAAAAAUUCAUUGCUUUGGGUUCAGAAGGACCGAGGAUGGAGCGUCUCAUGA